AAAAAAUCAAUUUCUUAGUGUUUCGUCACCUUCCUUGUGCUGAAAUCAGUCCAUGGGGUGUGCAAAGGGAAGCAUGAGACGGGCCAGUUGUAAGUUUGUGGAGCUUCACGUGCUGUAUGUGCCGGGUGACCAGUGGGAUGUAAAAUUGAACAAAGUCCCAGCUGAAGCCUCAGAGAGUUUUAUUUCAGCUGGAUUUAUCAGGGUUCAUCCUGACAUCACGUUGAAAACUCUGAGGAGCGAGCUGGGAGCUCUUUUUGGCAGCGAGCUAAGCGUCAAGAAAUACUUCUUCCUGAGAUGUUUGGGCCGUAGUUUGGCGCUGGUCAAAAGCAACCAGGAGAAGGACCUGAAAGUGAAAACAUUUGCUCCUCCUUAUGCUGCUCAACCAGAGCUUUACCUGCUGUCUGCUGUGGAGCCAGACAGCAGUUUCUGCUCCCAAUCCUUCACCACGGAUACCAGCAGUAGCUCCUCGGAGCAGCAGAUCUGUUUCCACCCUCCCAAGAUGAGCAGCGUGCCAAUGGGGACAAAGGAGCCCGUUAAAUUUCCCCGCAUCCCCCAGUGUUCCCAUCAGCCUCCUCCUCCCUCUGGGCUAGAAGAGGAAGAAGGGGAUGAUCAGCGCUGCAGCUCCUCAGAGGAAGAGAAUGAAGUUCUGUGCUCCAUCAGAAGCAACAAGCAUCACGACCUGAGGGCACUGCAGCUUAUUUCACUGAAAGAAGUUUUAGACAGAUGUGAAGCUGAGUCUGCUCAGGUGAAGCGGUCACCUCAGAGAGAGGAGCCCUGCAAAAAAACUAAAACGCACAGAGCCGGGUUUUCAGGAGCUGAGGAGGACAGGGACUCAGGCUUCUCCCUCACAGACAGAAAACCCAAAGAUGCACACACACUGGAAUCCCUCAGGAGCAAACCAACAGCUGGGGUGUCAAAAAGUCAGUCUGUGUUCUCGAGACCUGCUUGUUGCACGACUCCCCCUCCAAGUUUAGGCCUGGCCCCGGGCACCAAGAGAACAGCCGCUUCGCCGGUCUUUCCUACAAAUAAAGAGGCACUAAUCAAAGAACUUCAACUGGUGAAGGAGGAGAGGAAGCAGCUAGAAUGGACAAGACAACAGCUCCUGAGGAAAGGGAAGGACUUGCUGGCUCAGAACAGACACCGCAGGAACCAAGCACGUGACAGCUGGAAAAAGAAGUACUUUCAAACCAAGAAGGCCACAGCACCGCUGGAGGACAAACUCAGACACUUCAAACAGGAACUGGAGAUGUUUUACAGCAAAGUCCUGCACCAGCUGCACGCCAGAGAGAACCGAGGGAGACCGAGGAAGACUUCGGAAAAGAACGAACUCGUCAUCCAGAUCGUGAAGGUGAAAUGUGAGAUUGACAACUUAAAGAGGAAAGUGGAAGAUGCCAAAAUAAAGCUACUUACAGAGAUAAAGCUGAGGAUGCAGGCUGCUUCAGAGCUGCGAGCCCUGAGGGUCGAGCUGGCUCAGAAGAAGAGCCAAUCGUCUCCUGCACGGAUGAGAAACACGACACGAGACAAACUGAACGUUUCCUCUACAAUGUGA